AUUUCGAAUUCCUCGGUAAUAUAUUACCUCAUCGUGGUAGUGUUCCACAGUGUUUGGAGUUCAUGCAAUAGAAAUCGUCGCCUUCACCCCAUCUUGUUCCUUAUUAACAAGUAUAGCGACUAGUUUAUUACAAGCAAAAAUGGCCCAGAAAGAAGUAGCGCAAGAUGCUCUCCAAGAACUAUACGCCGAGAACAUUGUUGCAAAAAUAUUGCGUACUGCCACAACCGCUCUGGAAAAGAACAACCCUCCCAUAGUUUAUCCCGAGUAUGUACCCCAGACUGGCACAGAAAAGGGCAAAUACAUCCUUCGCGAAGCGGAUUUCUGGACCUGCGGCUUUUUCCCUGGCUGCAUCUACUCUCUGCUAGAGCGUGCGGUGAAAUUUCCGCGCAAAACAGGUGGAAAUGCAAAACUUAUCCGUGAAAAGCUGGAGAGCUUAGGACAGGUAUGGUCCGAGCCCAUUCACGGCAUGGCUCUUCGUACCGACACACACGAUAUGUCAUUUAUGGUGCAACCAUCCAUGCGAGUGCUAUGGGAGGUUUACCAUGAUCAGAGGGCACUGGACUCGAUCAUCACUGCUGCCGACAAUCUCUACACCCGGUGGAACGACAAAGUUGGCGCCAUCAGGUCAUGGGACGUGCUCACCCAGGAGGGAGUCAACAUCACUGACCUAGAAGAGGAUUUCUUGGUAAUCAUCGAUUCCAUGUGUAAUCUGGACCUGCUAUACUAUGCGGCCGCCCAUACAGGAAAGUCGCAUCUUGCGGACGCAGCAACUAUCCAUGCAAAGACAUUGAUAAGGAGUCAUCUUCGCCCCGAGACUUCAUCCUGGAGCCUGAACUAUUUUGGCCCACUGUACAGUACUACUCACGUAUUGAACUUCUCUGCAGCCACUGGGGAGAUCAAAGAGCGACGAACUGCGCAGGGGUACUCAGAAACAUCAACCUGGGCCCGUGGCCAAGCCUGGGGUAUAUUGGGCUAUGCGCAGUCUUUCCUGUGGACUCAAGAUGACGAGUUUCUCGAUGCGGCUUGCGGACUGGCCGAGUACUUUCUCCUUCGCCUCAAGACAUCCCCGGGAUGCGUCGAGGUCCCAGUACCUGAAGGCAAAGGUACAAAGGGGCGUUACGUCCCCCUGUGGGACUUUGAUGCCCCCAUCGACGAGGACAACCCCUUGCGCGACUCUUCGGCCGGCCUAGCUGCUGCGAAUGGAAUGCUCAUCUUGGCUCAGGGGCUGGCAGGUCGAAGCGAGGGACAGCGGAGCCAGCGGUACUUAAAUGCAUCGCUGACGAUUGUCCGAGACACUUUAGCUUUCUCGCUUGCCCCUGAGAAGGCGGUAUUAGUGACGGAUGCGGGUGAACUAUCUGCCAAGGAUGCUGAUGCAGGGGAGAAUUUCGAGGCUAUUUUGAAGAACGCCACAGCAAAUCACAACUCGAAGGAUCAUAUGAGAUAUUGGGAUCAUGGCCUGGUUUAUGGUGACUACUAUUUGAUAGAGUACGGGAACAGGCUCCUGAAGAUGGGUCUUCUAUAGUUUCCACGCGACACAGACCUACAUGGGAAAAAGUCCAAUGGUAGACGAUGUUAGCUGCCUAAUUUUCAAGCGGAGUGGAUACAAUUAAAUUGGGAAUGAAAUAUCAUGGGUUAUACAACAGCAGG